AUGGCUGUUUCCAUGAGAGAUUUGGAUCCAGCUUUCACGGGAGCUGGACAAAAGGCUGGACUUGAAAUAUGGCGCAUUGAAAACUUUCGUCCUGCUCCUGUCCCAAAGUCCUCUUAUGGAAAAUUUUUUAUGGGAGACUCUUAUGUGAUCCUGAAAACAACAGCCUCAAAAAGUGGUGCUUUGCGGUAUGAUAUCCAUUAUUGGCUUGGGAAAGAUACUUCUCAGGAUGAAGCUGGAACUGCAGCCGUCAAGACAGUUGAAUUAGAUGCAGCUCUUGGAGGACGUGCUGUCCAGUAUCGCGAAAGGGUGGAGUUGCAUCUGGGUUCAAACAUGUUGAGGCUGAAGAACACAAGACACGGUUGUUUGUGUGCAAAGGAAAGCAUGUUGUCCAUGUCAAAGAGGCAAGUUCCUUUUGCUCGAUCUUCACUCAGCCACGAUGACAUUUUUAUUCUGGAUACCCAGUCUAAAAUAUUUCAAUUUAAUGGUUCCAACUCAUCCAUUCAAGAAAGAGCUAAGGCGUUAGAAGUUCUCCAGUACAUUAAAGACACAUAUCAUGAUGGGAAAUGUGAGAUAGCUUCCAUUGAGGAUGGGAAGUUGAUGGCUGAUGCUGAAAGUGGAGAAUUUUGGGGUUUAUUUGGUGGCUUUGCUCCACUUCCAAGGAAAACAGCCACCAAUGAAGAUAAAUGUUUUGAUUCUUAUCCUACCAAGCUACUUUGCGUUGAGAAGGGGAAGGCAGAACCAGUUGAGGCUGAUUCUUUGACGAGGGAUUUGCUAGACACAAAUAAGUGCUAUCUUCUAGAUUGUGGGUUGGAAAUGUUUGUUUGGAUGGGGAGAAAUACAUCUCUUGAUGAAAGGCGGAGUGCAAGUGGAGCUGCAGAAGAGUUAGUCCGCGGUCCUGAUCGAUCGAAAUGCCACAUAAUUCGUGUAAUUGAGGGCUUUGAGACAGUAAUGUUUAGGUCAAAAUUUGAUUCAUGGCCUCAAACAACUGAUGUAGCUGUGUCAGAGGAUGGUAGGGGCAAGGUUGCAGCACUCCUCAAGCGUCAAGGGGUUGAUGUGAAGGGUCUAUUGAAAGCUGAUCCUGUAAAAGAAGAACCUCAACCAUACAUUGAUUGCACAGGAAAUCUGCAGGUUUGGCGUGUGAAUGGGCAGGAAAAGAUUCUACUUCCAUCUUCUGAUCAAUCAAAAUUUUACAGUGGAGAUUGCUAUAUUUUCCAUUAUUCAUAUCCAGGAGAGGAUAAAGAGGAGCAUCUUAUAGGAACAUGGUUUGGAAAGCAGAGUGUUGAGGAAGAAAGAGCGUCAGCUAUUUCACUAGCCAGGAAGGUGGUUGAGUCAUUGAAGUUUCUAGCUGCCCAGGCUCGUAUCUAUGAAGGCAGUGAACCAAUUCAGUUCUAUUCAAUCUUCCAAAGCAUAAUUGUAUUGAAGGGUGGUCUAAGUGACGGAUACAAAAAUUAUGUUGCGGAGAAGCAAGUUCCAGACGAGACAUAUCAAGAAGAUGGUGUUGCAUUAUUUCGUGUCCAGGGAACUGGGCCAGAUAAUAUGCAAGCAAUACAAGUUGAUGCAGUUGCAUCAUCUUUGAAUUCCUCCUACUGCUAUAUAUUACAUAGUGGCUCAACUGUCUUUACGUGGUCUGGAGGCCUCGCAAACUCGGAUGACCAGGAACUUGUUGAGAGGCAGCUCGAUCUGAUAAAGCCAAAUCUUCAGUCGAAAACACAAAAGGAGAAUGUUGAGUCUGAACAGUUUUGGGAUCUGUUAGGAGGAAAAUCUGAGUAUCCAAGCCAAAAGAUUGUAAGAUCUGCAGAAAGUGACCCUCGCCUAUUUUCCUGCACCUUCUCAAAUGGCAAUUUGAAGGUAGUGGAGAUAUACAACUUCACCCAGGAUGAUUUGAUGACUGAAGAUAUAUUCAUCUUGGAUUGUCACUCAGACAUCUUUGUUUGGGUCGGCCAACAGGUCGACUCCAAGGAUAGGAUGCAUGCUUUAACUAUUGGGGAGAAAUUUAUCGAACAUGAUUUUCUUAUGGAAAAGUUAUCUCAUGAAGCUUCAAUAUAUAUUGUCAUGGAAGGAAGUGAGCCACCUUUCUUCAUGCGCUUCUUCAAUUGGGACUCUGCAAAAUCUUCUAUGCAUGGGAACUCAUUCCAAAGGAAACUUUCUAUUCUGAAAAACGGGGGUACUCCAACUUUAAAUAAACCGAAACGGAGAGCACCUGUAUCUUAUGGUGGAAGGUCUAGUGUGCCAGAAAAAUCACAGCGUUCCAGAAGCAUGUCUUUCAGCCCCGAUCGAGUUCGUGUGAGGGGCAGAUCUCCAGCCUUCAAUGCAUUGGCUGCUACUUUUGAGAAUGCUAAUGCCAGGAACCUUUCAACUCCACCACCAAUGGUCAGAAAGUUAUACCCCAAAUCUGUGACCCCAGAUUCAUCAAAAUUGGCUUCAAAAUCAUCAGCUAUAGCAUCACUCACUGCUGGCUUUGAAAAACCAGGACCAGCAAGAGAAUCCAAUAUACCAAGAUCGCCUAAAAUGAACUCAGGGGCCCCCAAACCAAAACCUGAGACGAAUAACAAGGAGAAUUCUAUGACCAGUAGACUAGAAACCCUCACCAUAGAGGAAGAUGUGAAGGAGGGUGAAGCAGAAGAUGAGGGUCUCCCAGUAUACCCAUAUGAACGCCUUAAAACAACAUCGUCAGAUCCUAUUACAGAUAUUGAUGUGACGAAACGAGAGAUUUACUUGUCAUCAGAGGAGUUCAGGGAGAAUUUCGGAAUGGCAAAGGAUGCUUUUUAUAAGUUGCCAAAGUGGAAACAGAACAAGCUUAAAAUGGCCCUUUACUUGUUUUGA